AUGUCCGGAAAAGCCAAGAUCCUCUCCACCGGGCCUCUGUCCGAUAGCGAGGCCCGCUGGAUCAAGCUCGUCAAGAUCGACUACGCAGACCAGGAGGGCAAGGCCCGCACCUGGGAGUCUGCCGAACGCCGGACACGUCCCAAGGGCGGCGAGAUUGACGGCGUCGGCAUCUUCGCCGUCCUCGAGAAGCCCACCGGACCCGAGAUCAUCCUGCAGAAGCAGUACCGCCCGCCGAUUGACAAGAUCACCAUCGAGGUUCCCGCGGGACUGGUUGACGAGGGCGAGACUGCUGAGCAGGCUGCUGUGAGGGAGCUUAAGGAGGAGACUGGUUAUGUUGGUGUUGCGUCUGAGACAUCACCGAUUAUGUUCAAUGACCCCGGCUUCUGCAACACGAACCUCCGUAUGGUCCACGUCACGAUCGACGCUACACUCCCUGAGAACCAGAACCCUCAACCAGAGUUGGAAGAGAACGAGUUCAUCGAGGUCUUCACCGUUCCCCUGUCCAAAUUCUGGGCUGAGUGCGUCCGUCUCGAGAAGGAGGGCUUCGCCAUCGACGCCCGUGUCGGCACGAUAGCAGAGGGGAUCGAACUAGCUAAGAAAUUCAAGCUAUGA